AGAAGAACAGCUGACAAGUGCCUCAGCACUGCAUGCAGCAUUGGCUCUGCCCUUUGCCAGAGGAUCUGAACCAUUCUGUGACUCCCUUGUCAGUCCUGCAUGUUCUCCAGGGCCACAGCUCCCCUACCUUGUAAGCGCCAACACGGUGAUUGCCCAGCAGUGUUCUACAGAAGUGAUAUUACUGAUAUUCUGAAUGUACAUGAGUGAGAGAGUUUGUGGUUCCAGCUCUCUUACAUCCGUCUCCUUCAUCCACACAAAAUUGUCUGCAGUACUGUAAUACGUAUUUAAGUGCUGGUUGCCUCAGCGUCGAGAAGUGUACCUGUCAUUUUCCAUACUUCAUUGUCAGCUCCUCAUAAAAUACCAUAUUGUGUUUGCUCCUUUUCUUUGCAUGAGUGAAGUGAUAUUGCACUGAAGUUACUGUCUUGCAUUGUAAAGCUGCAGUCACAUCUGUCUUGGGAACAUGCCUUCGUUAUUUACGCAAUGAAAAGAGAGGGAUUUUGGUUUCUCAAACCUCCUGAUUCGUGCCCUGCCUAAUAAGGUUCUUGUUUGCCUAUCAUUCCUCUGGUUUAUGUGAUGCUGAAAUUGCAAUGAUACGAGGAGCACAAUGAGAGCAGCUAGUGAAACAGCUUAAAUUCAGGAUAAAACAUCAACAGGCAUUUACGUUUAGUUUGUUUUCAAGGUACAGAAUUCAAGACCUACAAAAUAGCAUCUCCUGGUGUGUGGACAGAAAUGAAAUUGAAGAUAUACACUCCUGACAUCUGAGAAAAAGGCCUCUCUUUGCUUGGGUACCAUCUGUGCAACUACAGCCUGACCAGAAAUGUGGUUAAAAUGGUUGCCUACCAAAAGUCCUAUGAGAAAAGCACUUCCUGUGGAGGAUGGAUACCAUGGAUGGUGUGUCCCAGGAUGUACUAUAAAAUGCAGUAUCAUGCUGUUGAAGUCCCUGAAACCGUCACUCUUACAGAUUGCUGUGAAGGGUAUGAACAAGUUGGACUCUACUGCUCCUUAGCACUCAAUAGAUCCAGUGUAUUUGCCUCAAGACCUGGUGCUUGUCCAAAGGAGAAUAUGGAAACAUUGGAUUAUCCUUGUACUUUUGAUACUGAAUGUCCAGGGCUUAAAAAAUGCUGCAACUCUUCCAUAGGAGCAGGCUGUGUGGAUCCAGUGCCAGAGGGAAGUACAUUCUGGUACAACGUGACAGUGCUUGUGAAAAUGGAUUUUGAUGAAUUAAUCCGAGUGGAUUCCCAUCUUCUGAAUCAUUCACGCCUUUUGCACUCCAUGAUUACUGGUGCAUUAGAUCCCUUGAAUGCCUCCGUACACCAUAUCCAGAGUAACCAUGCAGAAGUAUAUGCUGGGACAGUGGCCUCCCAGGUUCUCAUUGGACUGCAUCAGCCAGCUCCGCUCAUGCAAGUUUCUUCUUCCUUGAAGGACAUCGUGAAGCGCAUAUAUGAAGUGAUUUAUACUGAAGUGCAAGAUGUCAACGAAUGUUCCUAUGUGGGAUUCAAUGCUUGUCCUGAGAAGAACACCUGUGUAAAUCUGGAGGGUUAUUACAGCUGUGACCCUCAGCAUGGGCAUGCAGAUGUCAUUCCUCACCAGCUGAGCAGAAGAAAGGAAGGCAUAGCAGCAUCUACUCCAAGUUCAGCACUGACUCCUGUUAACACCAGCAAUAGCUCCCUGCCUGUAAGCAAUUCAAGUCUGUUGUCCAUAACUAACCAACCUACAGAUGCUGGGUGCUAUCCCUCUACAGUUAGAAACCACCGAGUCUUCAGUGUCAACAGCAGCGGUUUUGAAGUGUCCUGGCACGUCACUUCUACUCUGAACCGUACUUUCCAAGUCCAAGUGUUCAAGGGCAAAGAGAUUGUACAAAACCUGAAGACAGAGGAAAUGAAAGUGUAUGUGUCUCAGCUGGAAGCAGGUGUGAUGUAUUCAGUAGAGAUCAGCUAUGAAACCUGUGGAAAAACCAGCACCUCUCGUCAAAAUGUUAAAACAGAAGCCAAGGUGUUUGGUGUUACUAUGAGGAUUCUCAACUACAACUUCACUGAUGAUUUCAAGAAUGCCAGCAGCUCAGCAUAUGAAGAAUUUUCAAGACUGCUGCUUAUGGAGCUUGAAAAUUCAUUUCCACCCAAUAUUUCUGCUUUAUACAAAUCUGGGAAGCUGAAAGUGCAGGUGGAAUCCCUGCAAGCUGGAAGCAUCAUUGCGAGGCUCAGAAUCACUGUGCAGGAUCCCGAGUUUCCAGUUGAUGCCUCCACAUUUGCCCUGGUGUUUUCUUACCUGCGCAAUGGCUCAGUGCUUUUGGUGGAUCAGCAGAACACUACAGUAGAAGACUGGGAUGAAUGUACUUCUCGUGUGGAGAAUGACUGCUCUGUGUUUGCUGAGUGUAUCAACCUGAUGGGCUCAUACACGUGCAGAUGCAAGACAACCAUGGAUACCAACCCAUCCCGACCUGGAAGAAACUGUGAGGGUGAGAUUGUGGACCCUCUCACUGAAACAAUGGCUCCUGAAAUAGCAAACAGCACAGAGUUUGCUCCUGAAGAAGUAAGCUCUGCAGACCCUGCUUCUCCUGCCACCACAGGGAUGGUGGCUGCUACAGGCUCUGAGACUAGCACUGCAGUACACCUCCCUCCUGCACUGUCCCCGGGUGACGAGCAAGCACCCCAUGGUCAUUCUCCCACCAGUGCUCCUCCAACCCCUUGGAAAAAAGGCCUGGCAUCACAGAUGCACUUCAGCAGGGACAACGGCUCCACGGCCACGGGGGCCACAGCCAGCAAGGAAUUGGCCAUAAGUCCAUCACAGCAAAGCUCUAUGGCGGAGACUUCCCCUGGUGCAUUGCAGCAGGUGGCUGCUCUCACAAAUGCACCCAUGGGCACAGUCGGGCAAGGGCAAUUCAGUUCGUCAUUGCUGGUGUUUCCAAAUCGAACAGCUACCACCAGAAGUCACACAGCUUUUGAUGAGCCUCAAGCCAACUCUGAAGAUGGCCCCAGUGCAGCUCUGCUGGCCAUAGGGGAUGCCAGUGUUCCCACUGCCAACACCACUAUAAAAGCAUAUGCAGAGAUGGGAAGAGAGAACAGCUCUUGGUCAGAAAAACAUCCUGAAGCCCUGGGGUCACCAGCUUUGCCAGGCACCUCUCCAGCUCCCAGCCUGGCACCAGUCCUAGCCAUGAACCGCACUGUCCAGAAGCUUAGUGGCACAGUACGGAUAACAAAUGUGAAAUACUCUCUGGGCUUUAGCAAUACAAGCAGUGAGGAGUAUCAAACCUUUGCACACCUCUUUGUUGAUGAAGUACAUAAAUCUCUGCCCCCUGAAGUUCUUCAGCAGAUGGAUGCUGGUCUGAUUAAAGUGUUGAUAACGGGUAUUACUAAUGGGAGCACAGUGGUAAGUUUCAAUUUACUGAUUGCAGAAGAUGUGGAUAUCUACUACAUCAUCACCACUUUUCAUGAUGCCUUUGAACACAACUCCUAUUUCACAGUUGACAAGAGCAGUCUCUCCAUAAACGAUUAUGAUGAGUGCGAGAGUGAAGAAGAUGACUGCUCCCCAGAUGCUUCGUGCCAUAACACACUUGGGUUCUACCAGUGCAGCUGCAAUGAAGGAUUUGCUGAUGUGCUCCCAGAAAAGCCUGGAAGAAUCUGUGAAGGCAAAAAAAUAUCUAAUUAUCUAAUGGACACCUGUAAAUUACAACAGAACCUUUAUUUUUGGCAUUCUUCAGCAUUUCCUAUCAGCCUGAAGCCAACAGCGAUGGAUGAGAAACCUGGAUGCAGCACAGUUUUACUUGCGACAUCUUUGCAAACUUCAACUCAUGCUCCUUCCUCUACUUCAGUGGAUCUUACUACUGAGCACAAAGGUCUGGAGGACACCACAUUCUCCAGUGUGGUGCUGCCUCUUCUCACCAUGGAUCCUGUGCCAACUCCUGGUGUUUCUCCUCAAGCAUCUCCUGUUUCCCUCGUUAAACCUGCCCAGGAGGUUUCCAUUAAAGAUGCAGUGGAAGUGUUUUGUGGAAUCGAGAAGAUUGUCCUUGCCAUCCAGAAGAGAUUUUUACAGCAGGAGUCUAUUCCUGAAACCUCCCUGUACCUGGGGGAGCCUCGCUGCAACGUGAGCAUCAGCAAUGGCACUCACGUUGUGCUGCAGGCAGGCUGGCGUGACUGUGGCACUGAAGUUGAGACUAACAUGACUAAUACAGUAGUGAAAACCAUCCUUCGGAAUGAUGGUUCUGCUCAGGGAGUAAUCCACCACUUAAAAGUUGCUAGCCCCAUUCUCUGUGUGUUUCAAAAUGAUCUCUUGACUUCCUCUGGAUACACUGCAGAAGGACUUUACACCAUCUUUGAGGAUCUGCAUGGAUCUGGACACUUCAGAACAGAAAUGCAGUUGUUUAUUGGAAACUCUCCAAUACCAAAAAAUUUCAGCAUCUCUGCCAGUGAUGAUGUACUGAUUGAAGUGGGAAUCCAGAGAGCAGACAGCAAGCUCAAGGUGGUCCUAACUGAUUGCUGGGCAACUCCAACUAAUAAUUCAGUGGAUCCCCUCUCAUUUGUUUUUAUCAGCAACAGCUGUCCCAUCCCAAAUACAUACACCACACUGCUAGAGAAUGGGAAUUCAAGCAAAGCAGAGUUUAAGAUGAAAAUCUUUUCCUUUGUCAACAAUUCUGUGGUUUACUUACACUGCAAAAUUCGUAUUUGUAUGGAGAGCCCAGGAAGCACCUGCAGGACAAGAUGCCGUGCAGUUCGACUCAUGAAGACUGGUGAAACCAUCGCUACGCACAGAACAUCUUGGGGACCCCUAUGUAAAUCAGCUGGAUCUGAUUUGAAGAGACAGAAGGAGGCUGCCAUGGGAGUUGGAUACAUCAUCCUCAUUGCCUUUGCUGUGUUUGGCGUUGUGCUGGGAGUUGUGAGCCUUCUCAUCUUCACAUACCAGAGAAAGACGGGAAGAUACAACUUCAGAAUCAAGUCUGACAACUUCAGCUACCAAGUGUUCUACGAUUAGUGAUUUCCAGAUUACCAGAUUUGUAUCACGUCUCGUCACAUGAAGAACUGAAGCUUGUCUUCAUUCAGCAUUUGGCUUUCAUCAUGCUUCACAAUGGUGGUCAUGACUAUUUACAACACUGACUCUUCUAAACUAAUGUUGUAUAUAAAAAGCUUCAAUCCAUCCUUUUAUUUACUUAUUUAUUUGUUAAUCUGGCUCUUCCCUGGUGUCCUGAGAACUAUUUGCCCCUGCAGCUCCAGGUUGAAGUGAAUUUUGGCAGGUUUUGUUAAGGAUAAAGUAGAAGGGAAAAAGAAAGACUUACUAGUUCUCUAAUCAAGUUCCAAUAUUUGGCUCUCCCACUGUGCAAUGUUACCAUGUGCUCAUCUUGACAUCACUUGUGCCAUUACUACUGACAAGCUGCAUGUUUCUAUAAAUAUUCCAGGGAGUAAAUCAAAAAACCCUUAGAGAGACUUCCUUUUCAGUUUGUAAUUCACUGUUUACUUAAGGUGAGGUUGAAACUUCGAGCUACAGCUUCAAACAUUGAAGACCUAAUUGUGCAAUGCCUUAAGCAUACAGAAGCUGGAGAGCAAGUAUUGGAUUUGCCACCAGAUAAAGAAAAGGCACCAUGAAUCUGAGGCUUAACCUAUUCAAGAGUGUUCUUCAGCAUGAGUUUUGAGAUUUGAAUGUAAAUUCCUUUAUUAACAAGGACUCAGUGAAAAAAAAUAGAAAAAAGAAACUAUUUUUGUUACUGGCAGCCCCAUUUUUGCAGAUAUGUCAAUAGGUACCUACAUAUUCUGUUUAAUUACACCACAAUCAUUGUGCAGUCAAACCACAGAGUAUGGUGCCCGCCUGAGUGAGAGCACUCCAAUUGCAACUGAAUUGGAGUUACGAAUUUGAGCUGAAUUUUGCCUAGCUGCAAGAUCCUACCAUUAGGGCAGCAGCACAGAUUCAGUUUACAUGCUCCACUGGUUACAACAACAGUCUGUUCAGCUGGAUAAACUGGAACACAGUAAGCAUCUCUGGCAGGACUCUUUCCUGGGGCAUUGCUCUUCACUCUCUCAAACCUUCCAGCUCCAACCUUGGCUGCUCCAAACCUCCACUUCAGUGAGUGUGUUAGAAGAUUGGAGAGUAAAGCAUCGUGGUAACUUGUCCCCACCACCCCUUGAUUCUGACUGCCACAUGCACUCCUACACAGUGACAGUCUGCUAUGUCUGGGUCGUAUGU